CUGGCCACUUCAUACAUGCACUGUCCUCUCUGGUUGUCCUCUCAUUGUCUCUUCCUGCGUGGAUAGGGCACGGGAAUCCUCUCUGCACCUCAAGCGACUUUAUUACUUGACUCGGAGAAAGAUAUCCAUGCUGAUCCAUGGCGGUUGAUGUGGAGGUGCAUGUUGGCGAUAAAGAAAGUCGAAGAGAAUUCGUAACAUCGCAACGGGAUGUUUGAGGGUACCAGAUUGUUAUCUAGACGAUGGGAGUGACAUAUCUGAGUCAUUAUAGAGGUACCUCAGCACGAUUUGGACGAAGCCACCAAGAUGUCAAUUAUCAGCUAGGAAAAUUAGAAGACGUAAGUUAUGCAACCAGGAAAGGCACAUAGGCAGGCGCAUUACCUAGGUGCUGAGACAGGGACCUCGGAUUUGAGGUUAUCUGCACCUUCUGUACGGAGUACCACUUUCCUCCGGACUAUCCAUGAUGGUUCAACUUACAGGAGUCUGCCCAAAGGAAAUAGAAACUCACUAGUGCUGCUCCUCCCCCAUCUUGUCGAUUACACUUACCUUGAGAUCAAGAUUGAUCUCAGCAUGGACCUUCCCUAGC